CGUUAUUCCGGCCGGAGCCCACGCUAGUAAAUUAAUAGAUCAUUCUAGAUUCAGAUAACAAGUUGGUUUCCAUGCAUUCAAUUUCAAAAACUUGAGCUCUGUUUUCAUCUUUCUGUUGGGCUUAAGGCGAUGAGUUGCAGAGAACCAGUGAGUAGAAGGUUAACUCAGCCUGCUGGUACAGUUCUGGCCCACUUGGAAAAAGCCUUGGCCCAUUCCAGAUGAAAUGCCAAAUCCAAUAGUAACGUGUAAUGUUUAUAUAUUUUUUCUUUAUUACUUUUUUGUUUUAUAAAAGUUUUCUUUAUUACUUUACAUUAUCUUUGCGAGGAAAAAGUCAGGAACGUGAUGCGCUGUGUAUCCCUUUUUUAAAUUAAGCAAAACCAGAACUGCAUCAUCAGAAAUCCAAUUUCCAACACGACAGUCCACGCCUCAAGGAUGGAUAAGACACCAAACACUUGUUCCUCGCGCUUCCCCUUGUAGCAUUUGCAUGAGUAAUUUCAUUAUUAUUAUUAAUAAGAUACUGGGACCCGAUCAUUUUGUAGAAAAAAGCUGAGGUAUGAAAUUUGAUAAUGUAAUAGGGUGUAUAUUAUUGUAUAAUUUUUUUUGGAACGAAUUAAAAAUCAGCCUUAUGAACCAAAAUCAAGUAUUCGUUAUCUUGUGAAACAAUAUUGUUUCUGGUAAUAUGAUGAGGUAGAUAAGUUUUAUAGAAACCGAAUUCCAGAAAAUCGAAUAAAAAAUCGCCUAUCCCGCCGGUUUUCGGGAAAUUGGCAUCUCACAAUCGUUCCUACCUUUUACUCGGCCCAUUGGCCGAUUAAUUUGCUUUAUAAAACUUUCAUCUUGUCAUCAUUGUGCUUUCCGGUUUUUUGCCAAGCCAUGAUAAAAUCUAAAGAAAUCAAGAAUGAACAACACGAUUUGGGAUAGGAAUCAUCGUUCCUGUAUCCCUAGAAAAUGGUGGUAAACACGGACUCACCUGCCAAACUGGUUUGGAUUGAGAUUUUUAUCGGGUAUCAGGGAACCAUGUGAUCAUAAAUUAGACUUGAUCAAAACGGGCCAAAACUUGAAAUUAAGCCUGUUUGACCGACCCAUGCCAAACUCUAAUUAUUCUUUACUUUUAAACUUUCUAUUUGAAAAUAAAAAAUAAUGAAAGAAAAGAGAUGACUGCAAUUCGCCAUUUGCACAUCACUGAUUCGGGAAUAAAACUAUAGAAUUUUGAAAAGAAACUGAAAAUAUUUAGGAUCGUUUUAAUGUUAAAAAUAACCAAAUAGAUCUUUCUGUUUAGUUUUUUACUAACAAAUACCAAACGAUUCCCUAAAAUAUACACUAUAAUUUAAUCAUUAUGAUAUCAAAUAAUUACAUAAUAUAUAUAUUUGAAAUGAUAAAAUUGGACUUAUUGGGUUGGUCGAGGUUGAACCAUUGAAUAAUUUUAAAAUACAUUAUAUUUUAGCCACUAAGAUAUAAAAUAAUAGCAUAAUAUAUAUUAUGUUAGAGAAAAUAGUUUGUUUUAGAAUGACAAACCCAUGAUGUUCAUUUGUUUUACUUGAUGGGCAAAUCCCGUGUAGGUCAGGACCACUCAACUCUUUUAUGUUAUGAUUAGCGGUUAGCCCAUUAGAAUCCAUGCAUUAGUUUAUUGUUAUUUUUUUUCUUUUUAGCAAUAAAAAUGACUAUUGUUUUUGCCUUUUCAUAUAUAUUUUACCACCACGAAGAAAUAAAAGGACUUAAAGAAAAAAAUUGACACUCCUGGACUCGUUUAAAUCCGCAUAUGUACGGUAAGUUGACCCGUUCCACAGUGGAAAAAGAAAAAAAUUGGCACUCCCUAUUCUACCCUUCUUACAAACGCUCAUGGAGCAGGGAAUUUGAAAUGGGGGAUGGUUUUUUCCUCUCUGCGAUUAUAUGUUUUUAAUUUAAAAAGAUACAACAAAUGUACUUAGUGUGAUUGGUUAUGAUCUUUACUUUUCUUUAAAGUGGUCAUGGUUCGAAUCCUAGUAAGUGUCUUUUUAAUGAAUAAAAAAAAGUAAUUGUGAAGACCAAAAUGUCCUUACUACUUUCACUCUGGAUGCAAGAAAUUUGAAAUGGGGCUUCAAGUUUUCUCUUUUGGCUUUUAUUUAUUGGGUAGAUUAGCCAACGAUAUAGACAGAUGUUAACAAAUAAUGAACCCUCGAGAUAUGCUAACAAAACAUGAUUUGUUACGAAAAGCGUAUUUGUUGGGGGCAUACAGGAAGCCCAAGGUAGGAGCCCAGAGGGUUGAAGUGGGCCAGAAGUGCGAGAAUGACAAGGGGAAGGCCCGACCCAAAAGGGGCCUGGGAUUGUAACCUAUGUGGUGGGACCGAGAGUGACGUAAGGCGCAUAACGACAAAAGUGGCAACGGCCGGGAACGUACUGAGGGAUCAGGACGUGGGGCCAUGCGCCUCGGUGUCGAGAACCGGUGUCAGAAUGUCGGGGCGCAUGGCAGCGGUAAGGUACAAUGCAUUUAAUGUGGUGAUGAUGUAGGCCGGAUUCGGGGGGGGGGGGGGGGGGGGGGGGGGAGUGGUCGACCCUACCCUGGGUAUGAAUAGUGAAGUUUGUGGAGCUCAUUUACUCAGGUUGGAACUUCUCUCUAAAAACUACACUUCACUUCUCUCUCUAGAAAGACUGUUCUAACUUGACCGUCUGAGUGCUAACAAGCCCUAAGCAAGGGGUUCGGUGGGCGCCUUCGUGUGCAGGAACGAGGCGCGAGGUCGGAGCGUGUUCUAAGAAGGAAGACACAUCGGUCAUUGGGGGGCUUCGGGUUACGUGGCACAAACAGUAUUGGUUAUAAUGAUUGAUUUUUUAAAUUUUGAACAUAUAAAUUUCUUAGACUCUAAUCUUUUGUCCAUAGCUAUGAUUGUAACAUCAAGAAUACGAAGAAAUUACCAUUUCAUUGGUCAGGUCGCAACUAGUGAAAUUUGUAAUCAGCACCUUAACGAGUAUUAUCAUAGCACUAAAUAGAAUAAUUUACCUUUUUUUCUUCAACGGACCAGUCCCUUUGGUAACACAACAAUGACAUAAACGGUUUACUAUUAGCCUAUAUAUGACGAGCUUCACUGAGCUAUUAAACUUAUAAUCUGAACUUCACAUGAUUUUGCGAUUUUUUUAAUGUUUUUCAAAUUGGCAUAAAAUUCAUGAAAAUUGAGCGUACAUUGUCGCAAAGGUACACAACACAAUAACAAGUGCAUGUCUCAUCAUGUAAACUGGUAAAAGCCUUGUGACAUAUGAUUAUGGAGCCCUUCUACUAUGCUAUAUAGUAUUGGUGCUUUAAUGUACAACUCAAAGUUUGUACCAUAAAAUUAAAUGUAUAAGUUUAGGUUGUACCAUAAAGCAAUUUGUACCAUUAUGUUAUGGUACAACUUUACAACUUGAAGUUGUACCAUCACAUAAAUGUACAAGUUCAAGUUGUACCAUAAAAGAAUUUGUACAAAAAGUAUAGGUACAAUCUAAAGUUGUACCAUAACAUAAAUGUACAAUUUUAAGUUGUACCAUCAAGGCAAAAACCUAUAACACAUAUACUAUAUAGCAUUGUAAAAUUUCUCAUGAUUAUGGACGCGGAUGUGUAAAUUAGAGGAGCUCAAUGUUCGUCUUUUGAUUCGUAUUCUUUCGAGGUGUGUGACCCUAAUGAUAUCAUAUUCCACCAACGUUACGUUCCUAUAUGAUAUAGGCACUCUGGGGUCGAUCUUUGUAUGGUACAAUUACAAGUAGCCAAAUAAAUUUGGCCAAAUUUAUCCUGUUGGGUUGGGUGUGAUCUGGAUGAACCCAAAAAUGGGAAAAAGAACAAUUUGGCAUAAUGGGAUUUUUUGGAACUGAAACAAUUCUUUUCUUGUUUUUACCUAUUCGAGUAGUGAAUUUGAGAUUGGUCCAAUCAGAAAAGAGAAGAGAGGACACUUGGGACACGUGACUGACACCUGUACCCUUUGCAUGCCAGAGAGAGAGAGAGAAAAAUCCCAAUUCCUCCCUAUCCCACAACGUAAAACAAUAAUAAUUAAAAAAAAAUUGGCGUAACGGAAAGCAGAAAUAAUUGCUUCACUUAAAUGAGUGUGCAGCCAGCAGCACCAUAGAAAGAGAGAGACUUUUAUUACGCUACGAAGAAAGAAUAAAGGCUGGGCUCGGCUGGGUUCUCCCUUCCCAUCCCAUUCGCUAUCCUCUCAUCUUCUUGCUCUCCUUCCUUUUUUUCCCCCCUUUAUCUACUUUCGGCCGAAUUCUCUUUUGGAGUUUUCCUACUUGCAUAUAUUGUGAGCUUUCUUCCUCGAAAACCCUAGCUCCCAGAUCUGGAUCCCUUUCCUUCGACUGCUGCUCAUCCCAUCCCGCCUGGAGAGUACUGUAAGUGAGAAGAAAAGGGUUCGUUCCUUCAAAUCAUUCACUGCCAUGGAUGGAUUUGUUCUUCCUGCAGGUGGGCGUUUAAUUAGGUUUCUGGGCGGAGGGUGGAGAAAGAGAAAAUUUGACAGAAGAGAGUGAGCACACAGAGGGAUUUUGUUACCAAGAGUCUGUACCAUUGCUUUUGCGUGCUCACUGCUCUAUCUGUCACAUUCCAUUUCCGUCCUCCCCUCCCCUCUUUUCCUCCUUCUGCAGAUCCCACUCUCUCUCUCUCUCUCUCUGAAUCUCUUGUACUUUCAGCUCUAAUUGUCGCGUUUUUGGUGCUUGCUUGCUUACACCUGGUUGGUUGUGGGUUAUUAUAAAACUAAGUAUUAACUAAUAAAUAUAAAUCUAUGGGUUUUUACUGUGCCCGGCGAUGCUUUUGAUGGUGUUUAUUUGUAGGGAACAAGGGCUAGAUUAUUAUUACUGUGCAGAUUAGCGGGCGGAGGGGAGCAAAUUCACUGUACCCAACCAACAUGGGACCAUUCACGUAAACCUAGCUUUCUUAUUAAUGGUUGUGAUGGAUUGGUUUUCUUUCUCUAGCUAAACUAGUAUGGUCCUUCCUUCCUUCCCAGUUCUGUGUGUGUUUUCACCCCGUUAAAGCUUUUGCAUUUUGGGGCAGUGAUCAGUCAGUCAAGUCGUCUUUGAAUUUGUGUUCAUGCGCAUGCGACUAUACUGCUCGGUUAAUGCCACCACCUAUAUCUAGACCAUCUAGUGGGUGGUUUUACUAUUACACAUAAAAACUCAGUUUAAAUCUCUCCUUUCGUGCUAACAGUUGCUUAUCCUUUUAACUUUUUUUUCCAUUGUUUUUCUUAUUGUCGAUCUAGCUAAUACUGUUAUCUAUGGCUCGGAUCUGGUCCAAGUUCAUAUAUGUCGUGCUUUUGAGAAGAAUGAAAGAAAGAAAGAAUCCCUUAAUCUUGUUCAGGUUUGCAAAUCUUCUUCCCAUUAUUUUAUGGAGUUAAUUAUUUACAUUUUUUUUUCUCAGACUGUUUAGGAAGUUUUCGUGUGCACUCUUUCAUUACCUUACAAGCUUUUCUAUAGUAUGAGCUUCAUCUUCCUGCAGGUCCUCGGGACAUGGCAGUAAUGAGCCUGGCUCCACUUGGAGGGGUAUGUCGUUUUUCUUCUGACAAUGGAUUCAUCAUUUGCUUGUUUUUGACUUCCAUGCACAUAUUUAUGCUUUCUGCAAACACAAAAGUUUCUUAAAUCAAUUCCAUCGCCAGCUAGAUCCUAGUUCCUAGGAUUGGUAAUUGAUAAUUUCCAGAUUUGGAUAUGUCUUUAUUAUAUAUAAAUAAAUGUGUUCUUUGUACUAGAUGCUUCCUAAAAUCGAUAACAAUGUAUUAGAAAAGCCGUUGAGGGAUGAUAGGAUUCGAAAGAUUUGGAAAAAUUACUUUGCCUGUUGCUAUUUUGAUAUAUAGUUAGCAUUGAGCUGAAGAUUUGCUUUCAGCAUAUAGUACUAGGGCAUUAAACAGAAGCCUAGGGCCUAUAGGGGUUGGCACGGAGAUUAUCGAGUAAGGUCGUCUAACCUUUUUUACACCAGUGUUGCAGUUGGACCAAUUAUAUUGUUGAUGAGAUGAUGUAUUAAUUACAAAGUUAAUUGGUUACUGAAUGUCUCUUCGCUUAUUAGUAACUGAUCAAUUUUACUAAAACUCACUUGUUAAAAUGUUUGAAGUGAAUCUAAGCGAAUCGGUAAAUGCCUGAUCCGAGACAUAUCAGACUGAUCAAAGCUCUUCUGGUUAGUGCAGGCCAAAUUGGUGAUGAGCACAGAUCAGAUUGUGUAUCCAUUACUUGACCGGUGGUCUUAGCUAGCUGGCUAAUUAGUAGCACCAAAUGGAAGUGCUAGCAGGUCUAUAUUUCCUUAGUAAGUUCCCUGUGUAUGUUUCGUCUUCGAAAUUUAGUUCAAAUGACAACUCUUAGGCAUGUUAAUUAUAGUUUUGUGAUUGGUUGGUUGUUGGUUGAAUAAAUUCCCAAUUUCACCUCCAUUGAUUCACUAGUUUUAGGUUGUUUGGAGAGAAAACUAGAUCAGCAUCGAUAAGGCAUACAAAUUAGUCAGCAUCUACAUUAAUUGUUUUUACUGAACCAAGCCACACAGUACUAGUGCAUGAGAAAAUACAAACAGGAUAAAAGGACAAAUUAUUUUGAUAAUUAAAAAAAGCAACAUAUGGUCCAGUUUACAUAAUUGCCAUACACCCCUACUAGGGAUCGCUGUACAUUUGUACCUUACAAUGCUUUUUAUGCACAAGUAUUUUCUAUCCUCUCUCUAGCUAGGUAACCCUAUUACGGGUUCAUGUGUUGCUGAAUUUGUUUACCAAGAGGCAAGGGUACUGGUCCACGAACAAGUAAGUACGAGGUCUUACAUCUGCUGUACCAUUUGGAGGGCCAGUAGCGAUACCAAGUAGAUGAUAUACAUAGUAAUUGGAUGAUCGAAAGUAGACUUCUCUUGGUUCUCCGGUGACGUCUGUAUUCUUAAUAUAUAGGGGGUUGAAGCUAGGCUAAAGCAGCAGAGGUACUGGUAUAUCCGAGGAUGAAAUCUGGAGUGGGAUUAGUGUGGUCCUUGGUUUAUCAAAUAUAGCUUGGAUUCUUUAUAUGAAUCAAUGAGUCCAUAGCCUUUAGGCAAGAAAGGUUAAUUUCUGAUGCUUGUGGAUCUGGGACAUUCUGUUCUACAGUUCUGAGACCCAGCGUAGCAAUUGAUUCGUAAACUAUGUAUAGACUUCUCCUACUACCUACUACAUCUCUUGUUGAUGCUUUUUAGUUUUUACACAGGGCUUUAUCAAACAAGUUGAUCAAACUAAGUGAAAGAAUAUGACGACCUCUACGUUCAAGCUAGUUGCUACCGAUUUUCCUUUGUCAAGUUUCACCUUUUCUUAAACUUGUUUCCUGUUUAUAUUGUUGCUUUGUGUAAUCUUACCCCAAGGUUAAGAACCGGACAUCAUGUAAUAGAGUUGCAGAUCUCUUUAUUGUGCAGUUGAUUCUCUGAGAUGAGCUAGAAACGGGAGCCGUACUUGAUUUUCAAUGGUGGGGAAUCCGAUCGGGUUUUCGUAGGAGAGGUAAACAAAAUGCUUCCUAUUGAUGAUAGGUUUCACAUUCAUCUAUGGUAGAAUAUAUAUAUAUAUUUUUUUACAAGAUCUAUGGCUGAAUAUGAUGGAAGCAAAUUGUGAUUUCGUGGGCCUGAUAACUCCUUGUUUUAAAUGGGAUGAAACUUACAGCUAGCGAAGGGCUUUGGGAUUAAGGUAGAGUGACAGCCGUCAAGAAGAAUCAUCCACAGUUGAUAGCCUGAUUGGAAGAGCCUAAUUCUAAGACGAUAAGCCGCCAUCAGAAUCACCCUAUUUACAGCCCACUGAUUUGUGACUUUGUGACACCAAAGUCUUGUGGUUGUGGAUGUUGGUUCCCUGAUUUGACCUAAACAGAUGAAGAUUGGCUAGUUGGGUGAUUGCGUUUGUUUGUUGUUGAUGACGAAACUGAGGCUGCACGUACGAACGAUGCUACUCUAGUUACAGAGAUAACUGGCGGGCGGUUUGCCAGUAUGUAAAUACACUAGGUAACUAACAGAGUCUGCAGGUUGAAUUCAAUAUCCAGCUGGUUGAAGAAAGCGGGAGGAUAUAGCUAGAUUCCUUUCGACGGAGAUUAGCUUUGCUCGACAGCAGUAGAUCAAAACAGUCACGGGGCAGCAAGUGAGCGCAGCUGCUUAUCCAAACUGUUUCAUUCUGCAAGGAAACCUAACAUUGUAAUCCUUUAUUAGCUGUCUGUCUACUUGGUCAUCCAACUAUUUAUUUGAAGCAUUGUAAACUAUUGAAGUUCAACAGCACAAAAGCAAACACUUCCCAGUUCCGCACGCCUGAAUUCUGAAAGAGGCACGAGAGAGCUUACAAAUGAAGCCGCUGUUCCAUACCCUUCGACGAGCUAGUGAGGCAGUAGCCAGCAAUCCACGGCGGCCGCGAUCCUUCCCUGGUGCUUGGCUUUUAAGAUCGGAGCUCAGGCAGUUCAUUUAUUUCGACUUUGGAGGCCGAAAUCUGGAAGGAAUGAAUGGAUGCGGUGGCCGGCGGGAAAUGAAUGAGGAUCGGAUGUCUAUUUUUCUGUUUUCCUUUUUUGUAUUUUGUUUUUAGAUUUUAGGAUAUUUAAGGGACUGAACUGAAAGUAGGGGAAGAGUCCUUUCCUGAUUCCGUGUGAUUUGAUUUGAGAGAGAUGCCGUUAUCACCACAGCUGAGGGAAGUACAGAGCAGAGGUACUAUAGAAUAUAUGUCCAUCUAUGUACGUUUCUUCUUUUGCCCUUCUUUUUUAAAGUGUCCCAUCCUUUUUAACCCUAACUGCAAAUUCCGUGUUAAUUAUUGUUUAUUGCUAUUUCCCAAAGCGAUCCGUUAUUAAUUAGUCUUGCUUUGUUAACCUAACAAAGUGAUCAAGUUACCUGCUUUUCCGUCCAUGAUUAAUAGUUUAAUAACAGGUAACAUUGGAC